GGAAACCAUGACGUCAUAUCAGCUGUUUUGGCCCCCAGUGCAGUCUGUCGCAAGUGUAGACGUCAUUUUCGGUUCAGGAAUACAUCACGGUUAUGGUAGUAGCACUAUGCAUGCACUAGCUCUGCAUGUACAGUAGUGUGUGUGUGUCAAUUUGACGGUUUGCGCUGCUUUGGAGACGAGAAAGUAGAACGCGGAGCAUGGCGCCAUGAGCUGAGCGCGGGCACGUUUGAGAUCAGAGGCACCGCGUUUGAGAUCAAAGGCACCGAACAUGCAGCAGUCCGAGAGCGGUGGAGGGGCGGCGACUUCUGAAGUCCAGCUCAACGAACAACCCAACGCGCUCAUCGCGUGCAAAGUGUGCGAAGAGCUUUUUAGCGAGCAGCAUUUAAAGGAGCAGUUUGAGGCUUUGUUCCGUGCGUUUGAUCCAGACACAUCGUUCCAGUUCUUCAGGAGCUUCAGACGGGUUCGGAUCAACUUCACCAAUGCUUUAGCGGCAGCCGAGGCCCGAGUCAAACUCCACAAGAGUGACUUCAAUGGAAAGGAGAUGCGUCUGUAUUUCGCUCAGUCGGUGCACAUCGGCAGCCCUCGCCUCGAGCCUCCGAAACCCGAGAAGCAGUUCCUGAUCUCCCCGCCAGCGUCGCCCCCUGUCGGCUGGGCUCAAUCGCAGGACGCCAUGCCCGUCCUCAACUACGACCUGCUGUGUGCCGUGUCUAAACUAGGACCAGGUGAGCAGUACGAGCUUCACACUGGAACCACCAACACACCCAGCGUCAUCGUACACGUGUGUGAGGACGACAGCUCCGAGGACGAGGAGGAAACAGCAGAGACCGGCAAACGCGAGCGACCCAAGAUCAUCCAGACCCGUCGCCCAGACUAUGUCCCGUCCGUUAACCAGUGAGCGGCCCGUUUCAUCUUCACGACCAACACAGGAAUAACUAGGAAACAUGCAGUCAUGCAGUUUGUCAUCCUUACCACCGGGGACGGUGGCGAGCGUCAAAUCCUCUUCCUAGUUAGCGAGGAAGUCGCCCAUCCUCAUAAUGUCGCGUUUGAUUUCUUAACAUCCAUCUCUGAUGGAGUCAGGGACCUGGGAGAGGUUCUCUCGUCUUAUGAAUGUCAUUAUUUGCUUGACGUCACAACUGUGUAUUUUAAUAAACCGAGAGAAAAGCAACGGAGAAAUGCGAGAUGUGUAGCACAAGCAAACGUGUGUGAGGUGGUGUGCAUCAUCCGGGGCCACUAACAUGUACUCGUCGCCAUUAUCAUGUAUCGUCUCUGCGUUUAGUAAGUUAAGCACUCGUACAGUCUUUGAAAAGUCAUUAUUAUUGUUGCUGAAGUUCUUUGCGAGCUCCUCCAAGUAUUAUGCACUUUAAAAAUAGAGCCUUAUAAUGUGGUAAACCGACAACAACAUGAAGUACUUGUCUUUGUAUGUGGAGCGCAACUGUGAACGCAUACUUUUUUCCGCCUUGGUAAAGUGAGUAUUUUUUCUCAUUAAUUUUCUCCAUCAAUCACACGAUCUGAUCUGAAGCCAAAAGGUAUUUGAACGUUGGUAAAAAAAACUCUUGUAUUAAUCUGUGCACUUAAAUUCUAUUACGAGGGAAUGAACUACUCUACCCAUGAAUCAGUGUGAAUGUACGGAGAAGGAAGAAAAUAUGAGAUGGGGGGGGGGGGGGAUUUUAUGUCAAUGCUUCUGCGUUAUCUCACAAAUGUUGCGUUCACUCACAAAUAACACAAAACAAAUAAGUCUUCGAACGCAAAAAAUAUAUAUCUCAUAUUUUUUCCAUCACAAUGUUCCUUUAGGAGCUCCGUAUGAAUGACAUAAAUGCAUCAAAAUUAAUAAAAAUAAAAAUAAUCUAUUUAUACAUGCUUCCUAUGGUUUAUAGUAAUCAUAUUAUUUUUUACUUUAUUCAUACAUGCAUGCAAUUAUUUAAAGUAAAAUUAAAUAUUGACUAUAAAUCAUUGGCUGCAUGCAUAAAUAAAAUAAAAUAAAAUAUUGACUAUAAAUCAUUGGCUGCAUGCAUAAAUAAAAUAAAAUA